UUUUGAACAUAAAAUCUCCAAACAAGUUCUAAGUCUUUAACGCCGGAGCCUGACUGAAUAAUGGUGGUGGCUUCGCCGUCUCGGCAGUCCUGCAGAGCCUCAACGAUGCCAAAUCCUCUUUCCAAAAUUCUAAACCCCUAAAACCCUAUCUAUCCCACAUUCUCCUCAAACACCAUGAACGCGGCCGAUUUUCUCUCGCCGUCGCGGGCGUUUCUGUCUCCACCUCGCGCCCACCUUCAGAUUUCACGGCCCAAACCCUUCAAUUUCAGCAGAAACAUCGCCUCGUUUCCAUUUCGAAAGCAGUCGAGGAAAUUCAGUUUCGCUCGCCCGUUCGCGGUUCUUAGAAAAUCAAAUUCUGAUAAAGACACUGUUAAAGAGGAUUUCGUGACCAGGGUUUUGAGGGAGAACCCCAGCCAGGUCGAACCCAAGUUCUUAGUUGGUGACAAGAUUUACACUUCGAAAGAAAAAGAGAAUUUGAACAAGGGUGGUCUUGGUUUCGAUAUCAAUGCGUUGAAAAUUAUGAAGCUGUUUAAUUUGAAAUCGAUUACGAAGAAACAAGAAAAUGAAGUGACGCCGUCGGGGCCUGUGUAUCUUAAGGAUCUUUUGAGAGAACAUAAAGGGAAGCUGUAUGUUCCUGAGCAAGUUUUCAGUGUGAACUUGUCGGAAGAAGAGGAAUUUGAUAGGGAUUUAGAGGAGUUGCCAAAGAUGAGCUUAGAGGAUUUUGAAAAACACAUGCAGAGUGACAAAAUAAAGUCUUUGACUUCGAAGAUGAGUACUGGUCUGUCAUACGGUUUUGGGUAUAGGGAUUUCAUUGUGGAGCUUAAGGAAAUUCCAGGUGACAAGCAUUUACACAGAACCAAAUGGGCGAUGAAGCUAGACGGGAAUCAAGCACAAGCCCUUUUAGAGGAGUACAAGGGUCCCCAAUAUGAGAUUGAGGGGCACACCAUGCAGUCUUGGGUGGGAAAAUUACCCGAAUAUCCUCAUCCAGUUGCAUCUUCCAUAUCCAGCAGAAUGAUGGUGGAGCUGGGAAUGUUGACAGCUGUGAUGGCUGCUCUUGCAGUUGUUGUUGGAGGAUUCCUGGCAUCAGCAGUGUUUGCAGUUACCAGUUUCCUCUUUGUGGUGGCUGUAUAUGUUGUAUGGCCUAUUGCAAGACCAUUUCUUAAACUUUUCCUUGGUGUUGUUUUUGGUAUUUUGGAAAGAGUUUGGGAAAACAUAGUUGACUUUUUUAGUGAUGGAGGGGUUUUCUCCAAGUUCUAUGAAUUUUACACCUUUGGUGGAGGAUCUGCCAGUCUUGAGAUGCUAAAACCAAUAUUGUUUGUCUUAUUAACCAUGGUGCUUCUUGUUCGCUUUACUCUUUCAAGAAGACCAAAGAAUUUCAGGCUAUGGGAUAUAUGGCAAGGCAUUGAUUUUUCACGAUCCAAACCAGAAGCCCGUGUUGAUGGUUCAACUGGUGUUAAAUUUAGUGAUGUAGCAGGGAUUGACGAAGCAGUGGAGGAACUGCAAGAGUUGGUGAGGUACUUGAAGAAUCCGGAAUUAUUUGACCAAAUGGGGAUUAAGCCUCCACAUGGGGUCCUUUUAGAGGGCCCUCCUGGAUGUGGCAAGACCCUGGUUGCCAAGGCCAUAGCCGGCGAAGCUGGUGUUCCGUUUUAUCAAAUGGCUGGAUCGGAAUUUGUUGAGGUUUUGGUUGGUGUUGGUUCUGCUCGUAUUAGGGAUCUAUUCAAGAGAGCCAAGGUGAACAAACCAUCAGUUAUUUUCAUUGAUGAAAUUGAUGCAUUGGCAACAAGGCGACAAGGGAUAUUCAGUGAAUCCAGUGAUGACCUCUAUAAUGCAGCAACUCAAGAGAGGGAAACUACUUUGAAUCAACUUCUAAUAGAGCUUGAUGGGUUUGAUACUGGAAAAGGUGUUAUAUUUUUAGCUGCAACAAAUCGCAUGGAUUUGUUGGAUCCUGCACUCCUUCGACCUGGUCGAUUUGAUAGAAAGAUAAGAAUCCGUGCUCCUAACGCAAAAGGGAGAUUGGAAAUUCUGAAAAUUCAUUCUAAAACAGUGAAAAUGUCAGAGACUGUUGAUUUGUCUACUUAUGCACAGAACUUACCUGGAUGGACAGGAGCAAUGUUAGCUCAGCUGCUACAGGAAGCUGCUCUUGUGGCAGUCCGGAAAGGGCACAAGUCAAUUCUUCAGUCAGACAUGGAUGAUGCAGUUGACCGACUAACAGUGGGACCAAAACGUGUUGGAAUGCAGCUCGGUCAUCAGGGACAAUGUCGUAGAGCUACUACUGAAGUUGGAGUUGCUAUAACUUCACAUUUGCUAAGGCGAUUUGAAAAUGCAAAAGUUGAACGUUGUGACCGUAUUUCAAUCAUUCCUCGUGGCGAGACGUUAUCUCAAGUUGUAUUUCAUCGACUUGAUGAUGAAUCAUAUAGGUUUGAGCGCCGACCACAAUUGUUACAUCGCCUUCAGGUAUUUCUUGGGGGUAGGGCGGCUGAAGAGGUCAUUUAUGGACAGGAUACAUCAACAGCUUCCGUUAAUUACCUUGCAGAUGCAUCUUGGCUUGCUCGUAAAAUUUUGACCAUAUGGAAUUUAGAGAAUCCAAUGGUUAUACAUGGAGAACUGCCUCCAUGGAGAAAGAAAAUUAAAUUUGUGGGUCCCCGGCUAGACUUUGAGGAAUCACUGUAUGAUGACUAUGGUCUGGUUGAACCCCCUGUCAACUUUAAAUUGGAUGAUCAAGUUGUGCAAAGGACAGAAGGGCUGAUACAGGACAUGUAUGGAAGGACACUUGCUCUGCUUAGGGGACACCAUACAGCAUUGCUCAAGACUGUGAAGGUUCUCCUUAAUCAGAAGGAGAUCAGUGGAGAUGAGAUUGACUUUAUCCUGGAUAAAUAUCCUUCCGAUAUGCCUGUUAGUUUUCUUUUCCAGGAGGAAAAUCCAGGAAGUCUUCCAUUGGCAAGACAAGGACGUGAGUUGGAGCCCGCCCUGCUGUUAAACUCGGUCGAAAGAUGAAAACCCGCUAUCAAGAUUCAAGACACCUGCUGCAGUGUUGUAUUCACAUGUUCAGUCUCAGAGGGUGAAGAAUCUGCGCCGGACUCUAAAAUGCAAAUACUUUUAUGUGCCUCUCUGGCAUAAUCUUAUUUUUGCCUGCAAUAGGACCGCAGUGGCUCUACUGAAAAGUAUAUUUGCCCCUAAAAAUUUCUUUGUAGUAUUUGUUAAUGAUCCACACUGAUCAAAAUUUUUGUUGUAAAAUGAAUUCCCCAAGUUGCUUGGCUUGUACUUCUUCCUUUUCUGCUAGCCAGACUAGAUUUUGUAAAAAUAAGCAAUUCCUUUAUUACUUUUUGUUCAUUCUUAUUUUUUCAUUUUACUUUUGAACAGUUUGUAAGUGAUUACUGUUCUUUCUUAAGUAUGUAAAUUACUCUUUUAUCUU